CUUAAAAAAAGCAAAUGAUGUGGCAAUUAAAUUUUACAACCUGUUAUUUCUAAUCUUUGCAUCAUCUUAAACAAAAAUAUUUUGUGGUCAAAUAAAGAAGGUUAUUGAAUAGAGAAAUUUUUUAGCAUUUAAAUAAUUAUUGAUCAUUAUUUGGCAUAUAUAUAUAUUGGAGGCUUGUUAGUGUAUGUGAUCUAAUCAAUCACAAGAGGAAAAAAUGGAGUCAAAAUAUUUGAAAUUAGCACUUUUAUUAUUUGUUCUUGCUAUAUCCCAUUUCUUCGUGAUGGCGAGGGCAGAUCUUAUAAAAGAUAGUUGUAAGAAUACUUACAAUUAUACACUCUGCGUAUCAACACUGAGGUCAGAUCCGAGCACUUCCAAUAGCACUAUUAACGUCAAAGGGCUUGCAUAUGUGAUGCUGAAUGUGCUUAAUGCAAACAAUACAAAGAUUCUUGCUGAAGUGAGUCAUCUACUUAAUACAACCAAGGAUCCAUUAGCUAUACAAUGUCUUCACCAAUGCUUCUCAGACUAUAUGGUGAGUAAAGAUUUCAUUGGAAAUGCUCGUAGCUAUCUGGAUACAAAUAAUUAUGGCGAAGCAAAUGGUGAAAUGGCAUUUGCGGCUGAUCAGGCAAUCGAUUGCGAGUCUGCCUUCACUGGACCCCCAAAUGCAAUCAAGUCACCAUUGACCACCGCAAACGAUGUUUUUGAGCAGCUAGCUUAUAUUACUCUUGAUAUUAUAAACAUUUUAGGAUGAUUUUGCUUUCAUCAAACUUUCAACAUUAAAAAUAAAGAAGUACAAUCUCUCUUACUUUUAAAA